CCCUCCUGCUCUCCAGUGCUUUGGUUGCCAAUCGCCUGUUUCCCGUCUCGCAUCAGCGUCAGCAGCUGGGAGGCUUGUUAACUCCCUUUUAUUACCGCUCGGGUCGGGUGGGGAUAAGAUCGUGGCGUCAUUGCCACCGGCGGGGCAAUGCAAUCGCUCUGCCUUGCCUCUCGAUCCGUUGCCCCGUCCCUGUUAAUCUCUCGCUUGCCUACAUAUUUAUAAGGUAAAACAAAGGUGAGUGGUGGUGGUUCCCUUUCCUGUCGCGCCUUUUCUCUUUCAGCUCUACCUCUGGCCGAUCCGGACCUCUUCUGUCUCUGUCUCUAUCUCUCUCUCUCGCGCGCGCUCGUGCCCGAAACGCUGACAUGUCCGCCACCGGCGUUCUCUGGCCGCAGCGCGCGGUGGCCAUGUCGUCCGACGCGGUGGCCGAGGCCAGGAAGGGCCGGCUGAAGCAGCGCUACGACAACGAGUUCCGCCUCGUCGCAGGGUGCGUGCCGUACCGGGUGAAUAAGAAGGACGACGACGAGGUAGCAGGCAGCCCGUGCAGCAGCAGCCUCGGCGACGACACGGGCACGGCCGAGGUGGAGGUGCUCAUGAUCUCCACGCCUAACCGGGCCGACAUGGUCUUCCCCAAGGGCGGGUGGGAGGACGACGAGGACGUGUACCAGGCGGCGUCCCGCGAGACCAUGGAGGAGGCCGGCGUCAAGGGCGUCAUCCACAGAGCUGCCUUGGGGCACUGGGUGUUCAAGAGCAAGAGCAGCCAAAGCAGGGCCGGCCCGACGGGAGCCUGCAAGGGCUACAUCUUCGCCAUGGAGGUCACGGAGGAGCUGGACACGUGGCCGGAGCAGGACACGCACGACCGGCGGUGGGUCGCUCCCGCCGAAGCCUACCAGCUCUGCCGGUACGACUGGAUGCGGGAGGCGCUCACCGCGCUGCUGGAGAGGCUGCCGGUGCUCGAACCGGUGGUGGCUGCCGCGGCGGCUGCAGCCACGGCGGAACUGACGACCGACCAAGCUGGCAUGUACAUGAUGCUGCAGGCGACCUCGGACGGCGCUGUGGCGCUGUGCUAGCUGAUUGAUGGACGACAUUGGUGUUCGAUUCUCAGCUAGUCACGAGUCUUCAGUAUGCCCUGCAAGUGUCGUCGGUCCAGUAACAGCAGUGAGCACAUCAGUUUGCAGGCGUUUCCCGUCCACCACAUUGGUUUUGGUUUUGGUUGGCUAGCUUCAGAUGUUAGGACAAAUAAUUAAGGAAAAUUUGGAUCCAUACCAUUAAAAGAUCACCACUUUGGAUCCAUACCAUUACUAUCUCACUUACAUGUGGGUCCACAUGAGUCAAUGACAUGUGGGGUCCAUGGUAUAUAUGUAAAGUUUGGAUCUUUUAAUGGUAUAAAUCCAAUUGUUCCAAUAAUUAAUGUAGUAUUCUGUCCCCUUGGCCCUUGCAUGAUCAAUGCGAUUAGUGAGGGUUGCUGUGUCAUAUUCCGUGGUGUAAAUGUAAUAUGCGAAAAAUGGUAUGGCAAUUUACCCAUGUCCUGUGUCUGUAAGUGCCAAUAAUACCCUUAAAUGUACUUACUACAUUGUAACCAAUGCUGAAAAUGAGGUGGAUGCUGGAUGGGCUA